AUGAAGUACUCCACUUUCGUUGUCGCUGCCGCAGCUGGUACUGCCGCAGCCGCUUCUGCUCCCGCAUACGGCCAAUGUGGUGGCCAAGGAUGGACUGGUGCUACUGCCUGUGUCUCUGGCUACCACUGCGCCGCCCAGAAUGACUGGUACUCCCAGUGUGUUCCCGGUGCUGGCAGCUCUGCUCCCCAGACCACCAAGGUCGUUACUUCUGUCAAGCCUACCACCACCAAGGCCGCGACCUCCAUCAAGGCUACCACUACCGCCGCUGCAAGCAAGGCCCCCGUCACCACUGCCGCCAGCCGUGCCUCGACCACCAGCAAGGCUGCCACCAGCUCGGUCGCUUCUUCAAAGGGCAAGGUGAAGUACGCCGGUGUCAACAUCGCUGGCUUCGACUUCGGUAUUGAUACCAACGGCGGCUCGGGCACUUACCAAGACCCCGGCACCACUGGUCAGUCCCAGAUGAACCACUUCGUCAAGGACGAUAAGCUCAAUGCCUUCCGUCUCCCCGUCGGCUGGCAAUACCUUGUUGGCAACACCCUCGGUGGCAACCUCGACAGCUCGUUCUUUUCCAAGUACGACGCCCAAGUUACAUACUGCCUGAACUCCGGCGCUGAGCUGUGUAUCAUCGACCUCCACAACUACGCCCGCUGGAACGGUGCCAUCGUCGGCAGCAGCGGCGGCCCCACCAACGCCCAAUUCGCCUCCGUCUGGUCGCAAUUGGCCACCAAGUACGCUUCUAAGCCCAAGGUCGCUUUCGGUAUCAUGAACGAGCCCCAUGAUCUCCAGGACAUCAACACCUGGGCCACCACCGUCCAGGCUGCUGUCACCGCCAUCCGCAAGGCCGGAGCCACCCAGAACUUGAUUCUGCUGCCCGGCAAUGACUGGACCCACGCUGCCCAGUUUGUCGACAACGGCUCUGCUGCUGCUCUCAACAAGAUCACCAACUUGGACGGCAGCAAGACCAACCUCGUCUUCGAUGUUCACCAGUACUCCGACUCCGACGGCUCUGGCACCAACAGCGCUUGCACCACCGAUAACGUCGCCGGAUUCACCACCCUCGCCACCUGGCUCCGCGCCAACGGCCGUCAAGCCAUCCUGACCGAGGCCGGUGGCUCCAACGACCAGUCUUGCUUGACCAACGUUUGCACCAUGCUCAACUACCUCAUGACCAACUCUGACGUCUACCUCGGUUGGACCGGCUGGUCUGCCGGCAUGUUCGCUUCCAACUACGUCCUUUCCGAGGUUCCUACCGGCAGUGCUGGUUCGUACACCGAUCAGGCUAUUCUCACCAAGUGUAUCGCUGGUGUCUUCAACUCCAAAUAA